AUGAGCGGUGUGUGUAACCUGAUUUAUGCAAAGUGGUUGGCGACGACUCGUGCGCAGGCCGAGUUGAUUCGAAGCAAGGGCUACGCCGCCGAGGAGCACCAGGUGGUCACGCAGGAUGGUUACGUGCUCAGCCUGCAGCGGAUACCGCACGGCCGAUCUUCCGCGACGUCCUGGAAGAGCCCGCCUCCAGUCCUGCUCGUUCACGGACUCUUCUCUUCGGCUGUCGAAUGGGUCAUCAACCACCCGAACCAGAGCCUGGGCUUCCUCUUGGCGGAUUCCGGCUACGAUGUCUGGCUGGGAAACUUCCGGGGCACCCCGUACGCUAACCGUCACGUGGAGUACGAGAACACGGACGGGCGCUACUGGAACUUCAGCCUCGACGAGGUGGGCCUGUACGACUUCCCUGCCCUGGUGGACUUCGUCCUGGCUGCCACGGGCAAGAGCUCCCUCUUCUUCGUAGGCUUCUCGCAGGGCAACACGGCCGCUUGGGUCAUGCUGGCCGACAGGCCCGCCUACAACCACAAGAUAAGGCUUCUUAUGGCUCUGGCGCCCGUGGCCAACAUGAGCUUCAUCAGGAGCCCGAUUCGCUUCCUGGUUCCUGUGUCUCCCGUUCUGACGGAAGCGGCCAUCACCUUCAACCGAGGACGCCUCCUAGUGAGAUCAGAGACCACGAAGCGGCUGUUCUACAAUCUGUGCGAGACACCCCUACGCUACAUGUGCUCGCUUCCAACUUUCUUCCUGUUUGGCGUCAACCUCAACCAGCUCAACGAGUCGAGGCUUCCCGUCUACUCGAGCCACAUCCCGUCCGGAGCGUCAAAAAGAAACGUGGAGCAGUUCGCACAGAUUAUCCGAGCCAGAAACUUCGUGAAAUACGACCAUGGAACUGGAGGCAACAUCGCCCGUUAUGGCCAGCCCACGAGUCCGGCGUACGACCUGGGUAGGAUCACGGCCCCCGUGGCGCUGUUCUCGAGCGUAGGCGACUACUUCGCCAACCCCCGGGACGUGGGCACGCUCCGAAAGAGCCUCCCGAACGUCGUGUUCGACUACGUGGUGCCGGAGCCGGGCUUCGUGCACCUGGACUUUGUGCUCGGGACUGGGGCAGCCCAAGCCGUCUACGGGCCCCUUAUCGAACUCAUGGGACGCUGGGCGGUAGGCAUGCAGUGA